GCCAUGUCUUAGUGGGUGAGAUGGAGCGGGGGGCAGCAGGUGGGGGUUAGAUCUCGGGUGAGCAAGCGCAGCCACCCACCAUGUCACACCCGACAUCCCCAGAGGCAGGUGAAGAUGGAGGCCGAGGAGUUCAGUUUUUAAUCAGGAGCCAACUCCAUGGAGCCAGGCCAGGUUUGUCCCCUGGCCUGCUGUGAACAGAGUGUCACCCGCUAGAGGACCCCGGCCGGCCGGCUCUGCCGCCUCACGGGCGAGCGAAGAAGAUGGGCGGAGUGAAGAGCCACCUGCCCGAGUGCUUCCUGCCUCCCAUGCCCUUGCUGAUCCUCGCGUCCACCCUGGCGACCGCCAGGAGUGUGGCCAACAGCACUUUAAACGCCACCGACGUGGCGGUGGGCUCAGCGCCCGUGGUCGUCGCCAGGACCGACCAUAUCAUCGUCAAGGAAGGGAACAGUGCCUUGAUCAACUGCAGUGUCUACGGCCUCCCCGAACCCCAGUUCAAGUGGUACAAUUCGGCGGGCAAGCUGCUGAGCGAGAACGAGGAGGAUCGGGGGGGAGGAAAGUGGCAGAUGCAUGACGGCCUCCUGAACAUCACCAAGGUGUCCUUCUCGGACCGGGGGAGAUACACGUGCGUGGCCUCCAAUGUGCAUGGCUCCGUGAACAACAGCGUGACGCUGCGCGUGGUCUUCACAUCGGGCGACAUGGGCGUGUACUACAUGGUGGUGUGCCUGGCGGCCUUCGCCGUGGUGCUGGUGCUCAACGUCACCCGCCUCUGCAUGAUGAGCAGCCACCUGAAGAAGACCGAGAAGGCCAUCAACGAGUUCUUCCGCACGGAGGGCGCGGAGAAGCUGCAGAAGGCCUUCGAGAUCGCCAAGCGCAUCCCGAUCAUCACGUCAGCCAAGACGCUGGAGCUGGCCAAGGUCACGCAGUUCAAGACCAUGGAGUUCGCCCGCUACAUCGAGGAGCUGGCACGCAGUGUGCCGCUGCCCCCACUCAUCAUGAACUGCAGGACCAUCGUGGAGGAGCUCAUGGAGGUGGUGGGCCUGGAUGAGCAUGGCCACCAGAACUUCGUGCGCCACACGCCCGAGGGCCAGGAGGCCGCAGCCGCCGACGGGGAGGAGGUCUACACCAUCCCCGACGCCGACUCUGAUGCCUCCUCGCUGCACGAGCAGCCCCAGCAGAUCGCCAUCAAGGUGUCUGUGCACCCCCCAGCCCGCGGGGAGCCCUCGGACGACCGGGCCACGGGGCCCCUGGGGGCCGGAGAUGAGGAGGAGGAGGACACCGAGCCGUCGGCCGAGCGCUCCCCGGAGUCCGCGGCACCCUCCACCGAGGUCACGUCGGCGGCGCUGACCUCCGAGGAACCAACGCCCGUGGAGGUGCCGGACCACGCCCUGCCGCCUGGUCUGCUGGAGGCCGCGGAGCCAGCUAGGCCGCGGGACGGGAGCACCCACGUCGUCUAUGAAAGCCAUGUCUAACAGUGUACCCCCCAACCCGAAGCUAUGCACACCCCGAGAUUCAGGGCCACCCCUCGGGACAGAUGCAGGCCGCCCUCGCCGCUAAGCCUUACCGGAGACGCCUGUCGUAGGUUUCCACGUGGAAAUGACAGGAGACGGCAUAUCCCACCUGGAUGUUGGAUACAGAUAGUUAAACACAGGCAGACUUUUUAUGAAAGCAGGAGCAGAACUGAGUGACCAAAGAAUGUUUUCAGGUUUUGGAAUAGUUCAUUCUUCCAUGGGCCUUAAUCAAAAGAGCCUAGAGUUGCUAACACACAUGGUUCUGCUCAGCUUGAACAUCUCUGGUGAAGCGGAGCCUGUGACCACAUGGAGGAGAUACUCGGGUGUUGGUAGGUUUUAAGUGCCAAGUCAAAAAUCUUAAAAGUGGUUCUACACUGGUCCUUGUCCAGCCAUUUGGAACAGAAAGCAUGAAUUUGUCCUGCUGCAAUAAAGUCAUCCUUUUACCAUCAACCUAAAAA